GCUGGCGAAACCAGGUAGCCGUCCGUGUGGAAAAGGCUCGUAGGCUUCUGGGAAAAGAGCCGUUUCGGCUUGAGCCCUGUUCGUGACGAUAGGUCGCGGAGAAACGUGAACCUGGAAAAGCGGAGAAGUGCAUGCGGUGUUGUUUCGGAUGCGGGAGUGAGUCUCCAGCCUGCGGGACAGCGAGUUUAUUGGGGAGAAAGGAGUCUGAUGUCGGAGGAACCCGAUUCCGCCUGUUGAUACAAAAGAUUUUGGGAAGGGAGGGGGACCGCCGAUCGCCGCUGUUGUGGAAGGAAGUAAUUCACCAUUUACUCCAAUGGGUCAUUGAAACUGGAGCCUUAAAAAGUCUCGGAUGUCAACGGAGUUGGACGGUUAGCUGGCUGGAUAGUUAGAUUUUCUAGGUGGAGUGAUCUGUCCUAAGAAAGGAUGGAAUCUAUGGAUCACAGGACAGAGCAUCGGCUCCCGGGAAGAGAACCGAAAACUAUCCAGGCAGUCCUGCAUCAUGACGUCCAGAUGCUGGGAGCCUCGGACCAGAGGUUCUCCGACUGCGGAGGAUGGACUUUGGUGGAGGUCCUGCUCACCGGAGGGGCGCCCUGGGGGUUCACUCUGAGAGGAGGCCGGGAACAUCAGGAGCCUCUGCUCAUCACCAAGGUGGAAGAGAACAGCUUAGCCGCUGCGGUCAAGCUCCAGGUGGGAGACGAGAUCGUCACCAUCAACGAGAUUCCUCUCAGUGGCUACAGGCAGGAGGCCAUCUGUCUGGUCAAGGGCUCCUACAAGACCCUUUCCCUGGUGGUGAGAAGGAAGGUGAAAAUGAUGGACAUUGUAGCACAGAAAAUGCCAUCAGAAAGUGACGUGCACAUGGCCAGAAGCUUUCUUACGAAGAUUUUGCGAAGUUCCAUGAGGAGGAGCGACCCUGUAGGCCGGCCUCAUUCCUGGCACUCCAGCAAGUUCACAGAGGCCCAACCAGAAGCGGUCACAGCACAGCCGACACCCACGCCGGCAUGGCACGCAAGGCACAGCACCAGUCCACAGGAGCUCUCCGCAUGCUGGGACCAGACGAACCUGCGUCGCGUGUCGGACCAGUUUAGCUCUCUAGGCAGCAUGGACAGCCUCGAGCAGUCCUCGCACCCGUUCCUGUCGGGACGCCUGUCCCUGGCGAAGUCCAGCAGCAGCGUCGACCACCUCGGCAUGAGCGGGGGCGGCUCCAAGCGUGACUCCGCCUACAGCUCAUACUCUACGGGCUCUGGCACGCCAGACUACACGCUGUCCCGCAGCACAGAGAAUGCACUGCACAAGGUGGGUCAGUGGGACUCAGGGGGACGCGUCGGCAGGAACAGCUAUGGCCUGCUGGAGGGGGGCCACCCGGAUGAGCGGCCGUUCCACUUGGCUGUGCCCCUGGGGCCGGAGGGCCACGAGGGCCCCAGGGCUGACGAGCCACCCGGCUCUCGCAGCUCCAGUUCCAGCAGGUCCAGCAUUGCCCCCGUGUGGCACGUGCCUGAAAAGAAGAAGGCCACUGCUCCCUCCCCGCCCCCCCCGCUGCCCCCCAUGCGUAGUGACAGUUUCGCCGUCACUAAGGUCCAUGAGAAAGGGCUGGCUGUCCCCUAUUCUGAAGCACCUGCACACCCCACCCAGCAGAGGGUGCCCGGGAGAGCUGUGGACAGGGACAGGGGCAUGGGUGAGGGCCACGAUGGCACCCACAGGGGCCCCCGACCGCACGAGAGAGGGUCCGAGGUGCAGAAAAGUUCCAACCUCCUCAAGCCGGACACUUUCUACUCCCACGCCAACCCAGAUGUCUAUGGCAACAGUGGAAGUCAGGUGACUUCCAACAAACUGUACUCCUUAUCCAGCAGUGACGUGCGUCUGGGCCAGCAGGGGUACUUCCACACACCCUACCACCCACGGCAGUACAGCGAUGAGAGCGCCCUCUACCCUCAGGCCAGGACCCCGUCUGCACAGUGGCAGCAGAGCACGUCCGGCUGUUACAGCAGCAUGCAGGAACUGUCGUUCAGCGGACAGGCCCAGGCUGGGGUGCCUGGCAUGGCCACUGACCGGCUCCCUGAGGGUGGAGGUCACAGCCGAUUCUACUGUGUAACAGCCCGACAGGGGGCACCGCAGUCCUUGCUGGGGAGGGCGGAAGGCUGGAUGGCUGAAGAUGUGGCCCAGAGUGUAGCGGGAGACAGAGAAUCUGUAAGCUCCCAGAAGGCAGGCAGGGCGAGGGCUCAGCAGCAGGAAAACCCGGAGGUGCAGGAUGGCAGCUGGGACUACAGGCCGGAGGACAUGCGGGAUGUCCUGGGGGAGGACAGGGGUGGCCAGAGGAGGAGUAACGGCUACACGGCAGAGGGUCACUACAUGGCGUGUUCCCCCAGCAGCUACAACGAGGAGAAGAAGCGGCAGGAGUGUCAACCAGAGACCUGGCCUCCCCCCGAAGAUGCAGCCACCCGCCUCCAGCGUACCCCCAUUCUGCACUCCCAGGAGAACACGGGCCCAGAAGCCCCAGAUCCGGUGCUGGGGAAGCAGGCGAAGCAUAACGACCGUUAUGCCACUACCCUGCGCAAUGAGAUCCAGCUGAAGAGGGCACAGCUGCAGAAGAGCAAGAGUGCGGCUACCCUGAGCGCCGCCAGCGAGGCCCCAGGGGACACAGAGCCCUGGGAGGCAUCAUGCACCCAGGCUGCCCCCUGCGACGGUUCCUUCUCCAGCACCUACAAGGACAACCUGAAGGAGGCACAGGCCAGGGUUCUGCGGGCUACGUCAUUCAGGAGGAGGGACCUGGAACCGGUUCUGCCAGAGCACGCCGGUCCUGAGCCCGUUCCUGGAUAUGUGGUACCCGGUCCAGCUCGCAGAGACAGCGGCCCGGAGCCCGUCCAGAGCCGGACUGCCUCAGGCCCAGUGUCCCGGAUAGGUGGCCGCAAACGUUUUCCACCAGAGAAGAAAGUGCGGUCCUUCUCCGAGCCAGAUAAGAUCAACGAGGUGGGUGUGGAGGAGGAUGUCCCGCCUCAGGAGCCACCUGAGUCUUUCGAGGACCGCCGCAGGGUCUUCGAGGCCAUGGGCGGAUCUGCAGCUCCCCGAUCUGGAACCAACAAAGCCCAGCCCCCCAGUGCCGCAGACGGGCCAGCUGAGAUCCAGCAUGCCGGCCGCCACCCGGACGGGACCCACGGCAGUCCCCGCCACACUGACAGCCAGGCCGUGCUGGAGAAGCAGCGGCUGGGCACUUUUGCGGAGUAUGAGGCCACCUGGAAUGGGCAGAGGAAGCCGACAGAGGCCAGGGUGACUGGGAGGUACCGUUCAGCUGAAAACAUCCUGGAUUCGGGCCUGGAGGAGCGUGGCAUGGGGUCCUACGUCCACGAGAGGUCACAGUCGUCACCUUCAGCGGAUUUCUAUGGACAGGACACCUCUGCCGUGGGGAGGAAGUCAGCAGGGGGUCCCCAGCCAGAAGAGGAGCCGGCCAGCCAGGAGAGUGCCACCCAAAGGCUGUUUGACAGGGAGCGUCACUCCUCUGCCCCAGAGGGCGAACACCGUGGGGGCGACCCAUCCCAUCAUCAGCACUCCCUGCAGGACACCGAACCACCACCUUUGCCACCGGCCCUCAAGAAGAAAGGAUCUCUGCCACAGAGGCCCCUCCCACCCCAGCUGGACAAGCACUGGCAUCCUGAGGCAGCAUCCUCUGCUGGGGAAACCCAGGAGUCUCCGCCUGUCCCUCUGGGCAGCUGCUCUGUCAGGCCUUACUCUGCUGAAGAAGCCACAUCCCCAGGUCCUGAACACGCUCCAAGCUCCUCCUCCGGGAAAGACAGUCAGCAGGGCACAAGGCACGAGGACGAGCAAGGAGCAGGACAAGGAGCAUCACCCUCCCAGCCUGAGCCAGCUCCUCCUCCCCCUGCUGCCAUCAGCUCCUCCUCUUCAUCCUCUUCCUCCCACAAAGAAGCUGCCCUGCUCAAGCCCUCCAUGGAGGGAUUCCGCUCUCUAUCCCCGCAGUUUGCCCCACAGAGGCUGACCGACAGGCCACCCGUGUCUCUGCAGGAUGAUGCCUCCAGCAGGAUGGAGAAUGCGGUGGAGGGCGGAGCUACGGUGAAGAAGGUGCCCAUCAAGAUUGUCCAUGCAGAGAGCAGUUCAGAGAAGGAGACCCGGCGGUUCCUGAUGCCCAGCGAGGUUGCUCCGGUUGCCGGGGGGCCUGGGGCCCCCGAUAGCCCUCCGCUGGGCCCCCGCGGCCCCUCUGAGCUAUCCUACUCGCCGUUUUGCGCUUACACACGUCAGAAGGACAACCAGCCUCAGAUGGAGCCUAAGUGGGAGGAACCUGCAGAUGCGGGCCCCCCAGGGGCCCCUCAGGAAGGCUCUCAUAAUGGGGGCCCACCUGAUGGCCCACUGGAGGAGGACAGGAAACGGGAGGAGCUAACCCGGGACAUUGUGGGUCGGGACAAAUCCCUGGCUGAUAUCCUGAACCAGACCAAGAUGAAGACCACCAUGGACCUGAUGGAGGGCAUCUUCCCUCAGGGGGAGCAGCUGGUGGAGGAGGCCCAGCAGCGCCGGAAAGUGGCCCCCAAACAGGCUCCCCGGAGGAGCGCGGAGGAGAGGCAAGAUGAGGACAGCUUGGUGGCCGCCGUUCCCAUGGUAACAAGCUCCUCCUACUACAGCACAUCAGCCCCCAAAGCAGAACUGUUGAUCAAGAUGAAAGACAUGCAGGAGGAGAUUCAGGAGCAGGACUCCGAGGACGAGCUGGACGUGGACCUGGCCAACAAGAAGCACGAGCUGAUCGACAGCCUGAGCAAGAAGCUGGCAGUGCUGCGGGAUGCGAGGGAAAGUCUGCAGGAGGAUGUGCAGGCCAACAACGUGCUGGGUGAGGAGGUGGAGCUGACGGUGCAGCACGUCUGCAAGCCCAAUGAGCUAGACAAGUUCCGCAUGUUUGUGGGAGAUCUGGACAAGGUGGUCAGCCUGCUGCUGUCACUGUCCGGCCGGCUGGCCAGGGUGGAGAAUGCCCUCAACAGUCUGGAGGAGGGGGCGGCAGCCGAGGAGAAGCGCACCCUAGAGGAGAAGAGGAAGCUGCUCAUUCGACAGCACGACGAUGCCAAAGAGCUGAAAGAGAACCUGGACCGGCGGGAGAGCGUCGUCUAUAACAUCCUGGCCAACUGUCUGAGUGAGGAGCACCUGGCCGACUACGAGCACUUCGUCAAGAUGAAGUCGGCGCUCAUUAUCGAGCAGCGCAAGCUGGAGGACAAGAUCAAGCUGGGGGAGGAGCAACUCAAGUGUCUGACGGAUAGCCUGCCACUGGAGCAGAGGAGGCCCUUCUGAGGACAGAGUGGAAUUUGCCACUGCAGUGAGACCUCCAGUGCACCAGGUGGCAGCAGAGAAGAUGAGCACGAAAAGAGAAAGCCUCCCCUCUCAGCUUUAUCUUGCAGAGGGACUGUGCAAAGGCUUGCAGACGUUAUUACAAAGAAUGAAGCGUUGGACAGGGAACCGUGUACCACACUCGGGGAUUCUUUUUUUAAGAUAUAUUUUAUUCAGUGGUGUUUGAGACCCCAAGCUUUCACUGUGGAUAUUGACCUCACAGUGACUUAUAGUCUGGAGUGAUGCAUUAUCUCCUAUUUCAAUAGCCAUCGGUCAAUAAUCUAAGUGUUAGUAAUUUAUUGUAGGCUUUUGAAUAAACCCAAUGAACUUGAAUAGGGCAAUUUUCAAAAGCUAUAACCAUGUUUAGCAAUGUUACUAGUCUUAUCAUGCAUUUAAAUGUCAGAGCAUUCCUUGGGUUUGGUCCAGUCAGUACACAGGUCUGAAAUGAUUCCAUCUUAUUCCUCAGGCCCACAUGAGCUGGUGUUUUUUGCUUUCGGUGCUAAGGAGCUCAUAGCCCGGCUGGGUUUUGUUUAAUUAGGACAGUGGUUCCCAAACUGCACACCUGACUUUACUCCUUAUAAAGCUCUCAGGUAGCUGGUUCAGGAAUACAGGUGGUGGACUGUCAUUGGGGGGGGGGGGGUGCACUAAAUUAGGCAAAUGGUUUGAUUGUGCCUGAAAUAGUGUGGCCGUCUGAGAUGUCUGAGGCAGGUACUUACAUUUCAAAGGUGUUUUUUUGCAGAUAUUGUACAUGACGCUUAAAGCAUCCUUCUGAUUUUGUGUUUCAUCCCAUUAAAAGUAGCUCUGUUCAUUUUGAAUAAUUUAUUAAUAAAACCCUAUUUAUGCCAA